AUGAAGUCCGGACAUGUAUAUGCCUCGACGCCCGAAAGCAUCGAGGUCAAAGUUCUCGACCAACCCAUUCCUACCCCCGGGCCAAAUGAUAUAGUCAUCAAAGUCAUAGUUUCAGGCACAAAUCCAAAAGAUUGGAAGCUUCCCGUCUAUUGGGGUGGUGGGCAAGGGAUGAAUACCGGGGAUGACAUUGCAGGCUAUGUCCACGCUCUGGGAAAGGAUGUUACGGGAUUUCGCGUUGGCGACCGAGUUGCAGCGUUUCAUGAGAUGACGAAGCCGUUCGGCUCUUUUGCAGAGUACGCUCUAGCUUGGGAAAAGACAACAUUUCAUUUACCUUCCCACACGACAUUCGAGGAGGCGGCAACCAUUCCUCUUGCUGCUAUGACCGCCGCGCUCGCCCUUUUCCAUCGUCUUGGCCUUCCUGAACCCUGGGUGGGCGAUAAUUCGCAGGCACGCCGCGACGCCCAAGCCGGGGGUGUUCUUGUUUAUGGAGCUGCGUCUGCGGUUGGAGCGUUUGCUAUCAAGCUUUUAAAGCGAGCGAACAUUCAUCCUAUAAUUGCGGUUGCUGGCAGGGGCAUUCCGUUCGUGGAAUCCAUUAUCGACACAUCCAAGGGUGACACAAUCAUCGACUACCGCAAAGGCAAUAAAGCAAUCGUGGACUCACUGAAGGCAGCAAUUCCUGCUGGAAAAAGGCUUCUGUACGCUUUCGACACCGUAUCCGAGAAUGGAUCCUACCAAAACAUAGUGCAAGCUCUGGACCCUCGGGGAAAUCUCGCCCUGAUAUUACCUGGUUUAUCUGGGGAGGGCAUUCCAGACACGGUAAAUUGGGGGAUGACUCCUGUCUCGGCGGUUCAUGGCUUCCCUUUAGACCUGGGAGACUUUGGGUACGCUUGGUUCAGGCUCUUUACCCUGGGGCUGAAGGAAGGCUGGCUCAAUGGUCAUCCACAUGAGGUUAUUCCUGGCGGACUGAGAGGGGUGCAAAAGGGGCUGGAGAACCUCGGAGAUGGUAAGGCCAGCGCUGUUAAAUAUGUUUAUCGUAUCGAAGAGACAGAAUAG